UCGUCGUCGUUGUCGUCGUCUCACCCCGAGAACGAGCGUCGAGCGGUGGCGCGCGUUCUCUCCUCUCUCUCUCCCGUUGCGUCGCGGACGAUCGAGCUCCCGCGAAGCGGCGCGCCGGGGGUGGGGGCCGAAACGAGAAGCCGGCCGCCGGUGGCGCGGGUCAGUCUGUCGGGCAACCGGUCGGUCGGUCGCUCGCUCUCUCGUUUCUCGCUCUGUCCGCGCUCUCCGCUCGACUCGACUCCACCGCGUAUCCGUACUACUCGCGCUCCGCAUCGCGCACGCAUCGCAAUCACGUUCCUUCGUUCCUUCGUUCAUUUCGCGACGACGAGUGCGUGCAGAUCGAAAGAGAGAGAGAGAGGAGGGAGGAGAGAGAGGAGAGAGCGUCUCGGAUCGGGUCCAAUUUUCGCUCGCCUCCGCGCACAUCCAGGUGGAUAUUCAGGGGGAUGCGCGCGCCUAACCUUUAACCCCGGACGUGGACGGGCCGAACGUGGCAGGACGUGGCGCGCGGCGAGUCGGUGACCUUGGCUAGGAAAAGGGAUAAUGCGGAGAAAGGAUCGUCGUUUACCUCUGCUCGGACGGAUCGAUCUCCUCUCGUUAGGACGUGUUCGUGUCACGGCGGAACAAGAGGUGUAACGGAGAAGACGGAGCGACGAGGAGGCGAGGGAGGAGGAGAGGAGGAGAGCAGGAGCGCGAGGUGAUGUUGCUGGAGUCGCGAGGUGGUCUCGCCGGUAGGAAGAGAAACGGAUUGACGGUGUCUUCGUUCGGUGGCGGCGGUGGCGGCGGUGGCGGCGGCGGCGGCGGCGGAGGCGGAGGCGGAGGUGCCGGCUGCGGCGGCAGCGAGGAGGACGACGAGGAAUCUCGACAUCUGUUUCUUGGAAGAAAAAUGCAGACCGAGGGAUCCGCCGCCUCCACCGCGGUCUCCACCGGUUUGUCACCGGGGUGUACGCGCGACGACGGUGACGAUAGUUCCACCCCUUCGCCCAACGCCAGCCUUCUCAACAAUCUGAACAACAAUUGCAAUUCGAAUCGACAAUGCGCCACCGACUUUAGCAUCGCGGCCAUCAUGGCGCGCGACUCGAGGCAACAGCAGCACCAACAACAGUCUCAACAACUCUCGCCCCAUCACUCGCAAACCUCGCCGUCUCAGCAACAACAACAGCAGCAGCAGCAGCAGCAGCAACAACAACAACAACAACAACAACAACAACAACAAUCUCAUCAUCAUCGUCAGUUGCAGCAACAGGCCGUCGGCGGUGGAAAAUUGCAUCAACACGAGAGGGAACCGAGCGUUUCUGGCGUGGUCCGGGGUGGUGGUGGCGGUGCAGCUCCUCCCGCGCCGAUCCAGGAGGCGAUCCUGGCGGAAGACGAUCCGGAAACGGACGACGCCGGAAGUAGCAGCGGCAAAGUAGCUUCCCCCGUCAAUCCUCUCCUCCAGGAACGGUCCAACUGCGAAGAGCUCAGACACGUGGCGUGUCAUCUCGAGACGAAAGACUUGUGGGACAAAUUCAACGAGUUGGGUACCGAGAUGAUCAUCACGAAAACUGGCAGAAGGAUGUUCCCGACCUGCAGAGUGUCGUUCAACGGAUUGAAGCCAGACAGUCGAUACGCGGUGUUGAUGGACAUCGUCCCCGUGGAUAACAAGAGGUAUCGAUACGCGUAUCACCGAAGCUCCUGGCUGGUAGCGGGUAAGGCCGAUCCACCGGCACCGGCCCGCCUCUACGUUCAUCCCGAUUCCCCGUUCACGGGGGAACAGCUUCGAAAACAGGUGGUCUCGUUCGAGAAGGUCAAGUUGACCAACAACGACAUGGACAGGCACGGGCACUUGGUGUUGAACUCGAUGCACAAGUAUCAGCCGAGAAUCCACCUGGUGAAACGACCGGACUCGGGCACGGCCAAACCUAUAACGGACCUCGAGAAGGAACCUCACAAGACCUUCAUAUUCCCAGAGGCGAUAUUCACCGCUGUCACCGCCUAUCAGAAUCAACUCGUAAGCGUCUCUUCUCCUUUUUCUUCUUUUUCUUCUUUCGUUAUUCCCCCGAUAAUUUCCGACGCGCAACGUUCCUCCGACUUUGGAUUCCUUCUCCUCCUCCUCCUCCUCCUCCUCCUCCUCUUUGGUUGUGGAGCGCACGCGCGCGCAAUCGUAUUUUACGAUAGUCGUUUAGCAGCGACCGCCCGGUGUGUGGUCUCGGUACUCGCGCGGUCGUUCGCAUUCCACGGGCGUCGCGAUGCCCCGACAUUUUCCACUUUGGUGUCUCCGUUUCGCGCUCGAAAAAGGGAAAAAGAAAGAGAGAGGGAGAGGGAGAACCGUUUCGACGAUGAUGAGGUGCGAAGAGACAAUCCGUGGCAAUUAUCUCUUUGUCCUCUUGUCGCGAUAGAAAAUAAUAAGAAUACGAAGCGACAACGAUGAUGGUGGUGGUGGUGGUGGCGGUGGUCGUCGAUCGUCGAAUCGAGAGGUGAAAUUCAUUCGUCCCGGUUGGCGAUCGGUCGGUAGCGGCUCAUC